AGCCCGGGGGCCGGCACGGGCAGCCGAUAAAUGGGCGAGCAGGGAACUGGCUUCUCCAGAGCCGAGCAUGGGAGCACCUCGGGGGAAAGUGAGUACUCGCCCAUCAGUCCACCUAGCCUGCCUCUCCUCUGCAUCUCCUCUCCCUGCUCAGUAGCCAAGGACCCCAGUAACGCACCCCGCAGCCAUGGCCACCUCAGCGAGUUCCCACCUGAGCAAAGCUAUAAAGCAGAUGUACAUGAAGCUGCCUCAGGGUGAAAAGGUGCAAGCUAUGUACAUCUGGAUUGAUGGGACUGGGGAGCACCUGCGCUGUAAAACCCGGACGCUGGACCAAGAGCCCAAGAGCAUUGAAGAUCUACCUGAGUGGAACUUUGACGGCUCUAGCACCUUCCAGUCUGAGGGUUCAAACAGUGACAUGUACCUUCUCCCUGCUGCCAUGUUCCGGGACCCUUUCCGCAAGGACCCCAACAAGCUGGUUCUUUGUGAGGUCUUCAAGUACAACCACAAGUCAGCAGAGUCAAACCUCCGGCACACCUGUAAACGGAUUAUGGAUAUGGUGUCCAACCAGAUCCCCUGGUUUGGGAUGGAGCAGGAAUACACUCUUCUUGGGACAGAUGGACAUCCAUUUGGCUGGCCUUCCAAUGGCUUCCCUGGGCCCCAGGGUCCAUAUUACUGCGGCGUAGGAGCAGACAAGGCCUAUGGCAGAGACAUUGUGGAAGCGCAUUAUCGUGCAUGUCUCUAUGCUGGUGUUAAAAUUGGAGGAACAAAUGCAGAAGUGAUGCCUGCACAGUGGGAAUUCCAGGUGGGCCCGUGCGAAGGGAUUGAGAUGGGGGAUCACCUCUGGAUUGCACGCUUCAUCCUACAUCGGGUGUGUGAAGACUUUGGGGUAAUCGUGUCCUUCGAUCCCAAACCCAUCUCUGGGAAUUGGAAUGGAGCCGGUUGCCACACCAACUUCAGCACCAAGUCCAUGAGGGAGGAAGGAGGCCUCAAGUAUAUAGAAGAGGCCAUUGAGAAGCUCAGCAAACGGCACCAGUACCAUAUCCGCGCUUACGACCCAAAAGGGGGGCUGGACAACGCCAGGCGCCUGACAGGCUUCCACGAGACAUCCAGCAUCCACGAAUUCUCUGCUGGCGUGGCCAACCGUGGGGCCAGUAUCCGUAUCCCCAGAAAUGUGGGCCAAGAAAAGCAGGGCUACUUCGAGGACCGCCGGCCCUCUGCCAACUGCGACCCUUAUGCUGUGACGGAGGCACUAAUCCGUACAUGUCUUCUCAGCGAAACCGGGGAUGAGCCCUUUGAGUACAAGAACUAAGUGGACUGCCCCCUGAGAGACACCGCCUACCCCCAAAUGUCCCUUCUAGAUGUAAUUUUGAGGGCACAAGUUACCACUUUGUUUGUGUCCCAGUAACUCUUGUUGUGUUGGGGGGAGGGAGCAUUUAGUUCUUGUUGAUGUCUCAUUGUUGAUGCUUGAGAGGAGGAGUGUGCGUUAGAGAAGAAUUUUAACCACUGUUUUGUCUAAUUCAUCUGUAUGUCUGACAGGACCCAGUGGCUUCCAUGGACACAGGGUGAUAGGCUGAAGGAAGGUGGAUGGACAAGAGGCUGUAGUGGGUUUUGCCCAAGAGAGUCUAACUCCCAUGAUAACGACAUACAUAACUCAGCUCUCCAUAGACCAAUUGUCCUCGGAUUAGAGUUAUUCGGGGGAGAAAGGAGUAAAGCAGCUAUGAUAGAUUCUGACCCCUUUGCACACUUACACAUGGUGGGAAAUUUCCCUUCUCUGGCUUUGAUAAGACUCUUGGGCAUCUUCUUGCAUUCUGCUGUCCCAGCUAAAUGUGGAAGCUGGUAGCAAAAUUCCUCCUUGCUCUGUCAUUGGAAGCCACUCGAUCUCCUGUGUAUAACACAGAGUGAAGUAGUAUUUUUUUAUAUUUAAAUGUAAAAACAAAAAAAACUAUAUAUAAAUUUUUUUUAAAAAAAAAGACGUUCCAAUAACUCAGCCAGCUAGAGCAGGCGGGUUCCUGAAGGUACUGUUGGAGGUGGAACUCCAGUGUGGGCUAGAGCAGAGGGUAGAAUGGGGGGUGGGAGGGGGUCCAGGAGGGAAGUUGACUGACUUUUUUUUUUUUUUUUUUAACUUUUGAAGUGUGGCUUUGCCAUUCUUGGCAGGGCAUUGGUUCAGCACUUGGAACUAGCAGUAACGAUCAUAACUUAAACUCGAGCUGAUGCGGGCGCGUGGCGUGGCUGAAACACAAGAAGAUGCUCUAAAUUAUGAGUUGGCUGGUCAACUUAACUGUGUUAGCGAUGGGGUCAUGGGUGUUUUAUUUUCCAGUGGGAUUAGCAUGUCACUAAAGCAGGGCUUUUGAUAAAAAGAAACAAGUUUUAGAUUUUAAUAAUGUUUUUAGUGUUUCUAAAGUUGUACAGUUUUACAGAGACCAUUGGUGUUAACUGUUGAUAUGUCCAGGCACGCAAACUGCCUGCCACCUAGCCAGGACUACACUAAUGAGGGGGCUCUGUGCCCCCUGCCCUCCCCCCCCAGGCUGCCCCUAAGUUCUCUCAGGGGAAUGCCUAGUGGGUUCAAACGUUCUGAGAUUUUUGGAUGGUGCCAAUAUAUGUCAUUGCAUUUGGAUUUACGAAUAGUUUCUUUUAUAAUAACAAAAAACCUUAAUUCUGA